AUGGAGUUCCUCAAGCAAGGCCCUCGGGAUGUCCCAGUUGUCCAGUUCGACUUUUGCUUCACGGGUUACACCGUAGACAAGGGUAUGGUUAGCCUUGAUAGUGCUUUGAAGUGUGACAACGAGCCGUCCACCCUGGCUUUGCAGAAGGCCAUUGUGGCUGCGCGGCAGCGUCUCGGCUUGCGAACCAUCACACAAAACCCUGCCAUUGGUGCCAAAGGUUCCCUAGGCUUCUGUGAGAAGGCUGUUGAUUCCGUGAGAAAGCUGGCUAACACUUUGCUUGAUCAAGCCCGGUCCAGAACAGGCCUCCUAUUGCCUGUGUCGCACUGCUUGUUUGCGUGGGCUUUUGUGCACAGUGCUUGGCUGAUCAACCGCUAUCGCGUGAUCGGCAACAUGACUGCUUAUGAGAGAGCCACCGGCGCAAGUUACGGUGGCCGCAUUGCACCGUUCGCAGAGCCUGUGUACUGCCAAGUCGAAGCAAAGCAAAAGGGUGACAAGCGCUGGCUGUUGGGGAUACUUGUUGGAAAGUCUUCAUCCAAUGACAUGUAUGUGAUAGCUGGCAAAGAUGGUAUCCGCCUCUCCCGAUCCAUACGUCGUGUGGGUCGCCCUUGGAGCACUGAGGCCUUGCUCUACAAUGAGUUGAAGGGAUUUCCAUGGGACUAUGGGAGUGGUGUUGUCGGAACAAAGUUCGUUGCUAUGCCAAAGCAACGGCUGCCUGAUGUUGUGCCAGCACCUGCAGUGGAACCAGCAGAGCCCAGUGUCAUUCCUGCUGUUGCGCCAGCCGUGGCGCCCGAAGACGACUUACCCGGGAUACCAGCUGUGCUGUUGGGCGGGGACACCGAUGACUCGGCUCCUGUGAAUCGCAGCACCCGGCGUGUUCCUCCUCCUGAGAGUGCAAGAGUGAUUCCGAAUGCAGCCGACAGCAGCAUGGCAGUGGAUGAGCCCGGUGCAAACCCUCCAAUGAGAGAGGAAGUCCCAAGCACCCCUGAGGCUAUGCUGCCUCCUUUGAAGAAGCUGCGCUUGCAAGCUGUGACAUUUGGAAGCCAAACCUACGAGGUCAAUGAUGAGAGUGAGUUCAACCUGGAUCAGCCCGAUGGCUGGGACACUGGGGCCAAUCUUUGGUCCAUGCCGUCCGAGAAGGACGAAAGUUUCACUGAUGAUGUGGUCGCCGCGCCUGGCGAGGACGAUGAGCGACUGUGGUUUCCCGACAAUGGAAGGGAGCCUGAGCUCGACAGCGCCAUUUUGGCUGAGCUCGAUGAUUUGGCCGACAGUGUGGAGGUGGCUCGGCUUAUCAAGAAGUCUGUCUUGAGAGCAGCCACCUCAAAUGAAGACGUGAGCUUGAUGAAAGGCCUGACGACGAAGUUUGUUCGAACAUGGAGAUUCAAGAAACGAAAGGGGGUCGGUGUGUGGUACCGUCGCUCCCGCCUCUGCGCCCGGGAGUUCCGGUGGCUUGAUGACUCCAAAGAGGGGCUGUUCAGCCCCGCGACGAGCACCGACAUCGUCCGACUCCUCCCUGCCUUGUUCCUGACCUGGAAGAAGACUCGCCCUUCCGAACAGUUUGCGCUGGUGGCCCUGGACAUAAAGGAUGCGUACCUUGAAGUUCCCCAACCAGUCCCGGUUGUAUCCCGAAUCCAAGGCCAGGAUUUUGUGUUCCAGAAAAUGGUCCUAGGGCAACGUGAAGGGUCGCAGCAGUGGUUCAACUACUUUUACGAUUUCCUUGCAGAACACUUUGAAGUGGAGAAGUGCAAAGAGUGUCCUGCCGUGAUCCGUUUUAGCAGCAAGUCUACAAGUGUCCAUGCAAGUGAGAGCAAAGGUCCCGGCAUGAUACACGUCGAUGAUUCGCUGCUCCUGCUUCCGCUCGAUUGGGCCCGUGACUGCUUCAUUCCAACAGUGCAGCAGAGGUUCCAGAUCACAUAUGAGUUGGCGUAUGAAGUGGGCCAUUCGUUCAGUUUCCUUAAGCGGUUGCACACGUUGACAGAGCAUGGGAUCACGAUUCGACAGCCAACUUCGUACAUCACACACAUGCAGGAGAUCAUGAAUGUCAAGGAGAAUGUACGCCAGCGUGUACCAUGUUGGUCUGAACUUCGUGCUAAAGACACAACCAGCGAGCUUGAGCAUGUUGAAGCAAGCAAAUUCCGGCAAGCUGUUGGAACCGCUCUUUACAUCUCAUGUGACCGGCCCGAUGUCGGCUACGCUGUCCGGAUGUUGGCCGCCUACAUGGCAAGGCCGACAGAACAUGCGAAGAUCGGGUUGACGAAGUUAAUCCAGUAUUUGGUGAACACGGCUCACUAUGGGAUAGCAAUGAAGGCUACAGCUCCUGGGUCCAAGAAACUGUUCGAGCAUGGUUCAGAGGAUGAUUCUGAGCGCUUUGUGUUGGAGGCAUUUUCGGACGCCGAUUGGUCGGGGUCGAAGAGGGACAGGAGGUCAUACGGAGGCGCUAGUUACUGCCUGAACGGGCAGUAUAUUCACUACGUGUGCCGAUCGCAAAAGUGCAUCAGCUUGUCUUCCAUGGAAAGUGAAUACUACAGUGCCGUUGGCAGCUCCUGUCAGGGACUCUUCAUGAAGGCGGUGGUCGAGUUCAUGAGCCGCAGCCCUUGCGAUCUUAUCGUCUAUGUUGACAACCAGUCCUGCAAAGCGUUCUGUUUGCGUCAGGGGGUUACCAAGGCUAGCAAGCAUUUUGAAGGUCGAUUGCUUUGGUUGCAAGAUGCAGUGCAGCAGAAGCGCUUGAUCAUGAAGUAUGUUUCCACUCAUGCAAACCUUGGUGACAUUCACACAAAGCCCCUUUCCCCAGCUCGGCUGCAGAGUUUGCUGUUCCUACAUGACUUUGUGGAUAUGCAUGACAGGCCAGUGGGAUCCGAAGAGUGGGACCGAACCAUGGCGACAGAGGGGAUGAAGGCCCAGGUCAAGCGUGUUCGGACAGUGGUAGGCGGCGAUGCGUCCAGCACAUGGGUGAAGCGUGUUGCACUCCUUCUCAUGAUGAUGCCAAUUCCUUCAGAAGCUGUUACGACUGCUUACAGUUCUCGGUCGUGGAUGUGCAGCUUUGUUCUUUUCUUGGUAUGCCUUGCAUUUUGCAUUGGCAGUGGUACAGAGUCUGAUGAUCAUGAUGGGUGGAUGCUUAUUCCACAGCACGACAGGCUGUUGUACUGUCGUGAGACGUUUUAUGCCAUUGCGGGCGUGAUCUUGAGCUACGUAUCUUGGAGCCUUGGGUCACAGGGCUAUGGUGCGGGUGUGGAGGCUGAGAUGAACUCCACGACUCAGACCACCACUGCAGGUGGUGGGGACACAGCUGUGAUGCCGACCGUCAUCGGCACGAUGCUGGUCAUGACAAUUCUUGGUGGUAUUCUUGUGAUGCUGACCAUGCGGGUCAAGAAGCUUGAAGCCCUACUGGCCGAUGCCCAGCAGGCGAAAGCAGAUGCUUUAUCACGUGUCAGUCGUGAUCUUGCAAGACAGUUGGAGCAGGCGCGGCGCCAGAACCGUGCCCUGGAGACAGAGCUCAUUCGGGCUCGCGAGCGUGCAGGGCCACCUGCACAAGUUGUGAUCACAGGCCGAGGCCGAUGUUUCCAUCACGAGAAUUGCCACGUACAUCAGAACAAUCCGAACAAAGUGCUGACUCCUUGCAGCUACUGUCAGCAUAUGUUCUUUGAGUGA